UGUUGGUGUCAGUCUUUUGGCUGCCUGGCGUUGACAGGCAACUGUUCCCGCCACUGCCAAACGAGACUUCCUCGCGACCCACAGACUGGCACGGACUGACGGAGUACUGUGUUGGAGUCAGUCAGGGAGGAUACACUUCAGAGAGCGCUUGGUCUGUGCUUGGUCUCCGCUUCCCACCCAGAAGCCAUGCAGCCACCGACCUUCGUGCAAGGCUUCCACGAUGCCGAGGCUGUCGCCAAGAUGACUUACCACCCACUCGGCGACACAGGGAUGCAGCUGUCACACCUCUCCCUUGGAAGUGGGCCUUUCGGGGGUCUGUACGGAGAGGCCAGCGAGCAAGCUUGUGCUGACACCGUGCACCUUGCUCUCAAGUCCGGGAUUAAUUACAUCGACACCGCCCCGUGGUAUGGCAAUGGCCGCAGCGAGGAAGUGCUGGGGAAGGCACUGAAGGACGUCCCUCGAAGUUCUUUCUACAUUGGCACCAAGGUGGGGCGCUACGAGCCUGUUCCCGAACGCAUGUUUGACUUUUCUGCCAAGAGAGUGGCGCAGAGUGUUGACCGCAGCCUGCAGCUGCUGGGCCUCGACUACGUGGACCUCAUCCAGGUGCACGACUUUGAAUUUGCCGAGAAUCUGGACAUCAUCGUGGAGGAGACCCUGCCGGCCCUGCAGAAGGUCGUGGACAGCGGGAAGGCAAGGUUCAUCGGCAUCACCAGCUACUCCGUGAGCCUCCUCAAGGAACUGGUUGAACGGUCGCCGGUCAAGAUCAGCGCCAUUCUGUCUUACGCGCGCAACACACUCAUCGACGACACCCUUGAGGGCUUCAUGCCUUUCUUUAAGUCCCGAGGCAUCGGAGUGAUCUGCGCCAGCCCGGUGGCCAUGAGGCUGCUCACCAACGACCCUCCGCCAGAUUGGCACGCGGCACCUAAAGAGAUCAAGGAUGCCAGCCGCUCGGCAGCCCUCCACUGCAAGGAGGCUGGCGUGGACUUGGCGCGCCUGGCGGUGCAACAUGCCCUGCGGCUGGAGGGCGUCACCACGCACCUGCAGGGCAACAACAACUGUGACAUUCUGCGUCAAAAUCUGGACAGCUUCCUCACUCCGCCGACGCCACGGGAGGAAGAACUUCGCAAGACGGUAAAAGAAAAGUUUUUCGACCCUCUCCCAGAGAAGCACUGGGAGGGCGUGGAUCCUGCUAAACACUGGGAGAUAAUGCGGCAGCUGCGCGCUCAGUCUGCUGGCGCUAAGUGAUGUUUGCCACCUCACAGUCAUGAAUCCUUUCCUCCAUCCUACAAAAAUAGGUUCUAAAAUUUCUUUAUUGCUCAGCUGAUUAUUAGUAUGCAAAAUCUCAUUCAGACAGAAAGAGAGAGAGAGAGAAAAAAAAAGCUUUCAACUCAAUAUGUUAAACAUUUUAUUCUUGAAAGAAUCUUAUCAUAGCAGGUCCUCCACUGUUCUAGCAAUGAGAGAAUGACUGGUGUUGGGAUGCCAUUGUCAGAUGUAUCCUUUGAAUUCCAGCUCGUCUUUAUCCAAUGGGAAUUUACAAAUUGAUGUUUAUUCAUUAUAGCCCAUAAAACCCUGAAAAAAUAAACGAUUUUUAAGUGAGAAACACACAAAAAA